GACAACACCCUCCGCCGUCCCCAUGACGUCAUUGCGGGCGACGCCUCCUCAGCAGACCUCUCGCCCGGUCCGCCUCUCGCUGACAGCGCCGCCCAAGCCGCCUCACACAAAGUCAGCUCUGUGCACGUGAAAAAAAAGAAGCUUCGAACCAUCCUGGUCAGCGCCGAAGCGACUUUAUUCGUACUUUUUUCCCCACACAUUACUAUGGUGGCUGUUUGAAAGUAAAACAUCAAAGAAGAAGUAGGACGAUGGCGCAGAAAGACACGCUUCUGCAUCUCUUUGCCGGAGGGUGUAGCGGUACAGUGGGAGCCAUCGUGACCUGCCCCUUGGAGGUGUUAAAGACACGGCUACAGUCCUCCGGUCUCACCCUCCGGCCGGUCUUCCAGGUCCAACUCGGUACCCUCAGCGGGGCUGGGGUCAUCCGGCCGGGAACUGUCACGCCUGGGCUGGUGCAAGUCUUACGAUCAAUCCUCGAGAAAGAGGGACCAAGAUCUCUUUUCCGCGGCCUGGGGCCAAAUCUUGUCGGCGUGGCUCCGUCAAGAGCUAUUUACUUUGCUGCAUAUUCCAAAUCCAAAGAGCUCUUCAAUGGGAUACUGGUUCCCAAUAGUGGCGCUGUGCACAUGUCCUCUGCUGGUAUUGCAGCUUUUGUGACAAACUCCCUGAUGAACCCCGUCUGGAUGGUCAAGACCAGGAUGCAACUCGAGAAAAAAGCACGAGGGGAGAAGAAGAUGAAUGCCUUGCAGUGCGCCCGCCACGUUUACAAAACUGAAGGCGUCCGCGGCUUCUACCGCGGCCUGACCGCGUCCUACGCCGGCAUUUCCGAGACCAUGAUCUGCUUCCUCAUCUACGAGACACUCAAGAAGCGGCUCGCCGACAACCAGCUAUCGUCCCCAGAGAGUGAAAACGAGAAAAGGGCUUCCGACUUCCUGCGCUUGAUGAUGGCGGCCGCUUUCUCGAAGGGCUGUGCGUCCUGCAUAGCCUACCCACAUGAAGUGAUUCGGACAAGACUCCGCGAGGAAGGCAGCAAGUACAAGUAUUUCUUCCAGACCGGGAGGUUAAUUGCUUUGGAAGAAGGCUACGCAGCUUUUUAUAGAGGACUCAUUCCACAGCUAAUUAAGCAAAUCCCCAACACAGCCAUCGUCCUGUCCACAUAUGAACUCAUAGUCCAUCUACUGGGAGACUCCAAGUAAAUGGCUGCGUUGGUGACUUGGGUUUUUCUUUUGGGCGAGCAUUUAACGCCGUGCACCAUAGCUGAAGAGGAAGAAAAAAAAAAGUUUGAAAUUUCAGCACAUCGAUGUUAGCGUGGUGCCCGAGAGACUUCUGUUUUGGAACUGAAGCGACUGGUUCCCUUAUUUAAAGAACACAUUGUUCUACUGAACGCUUGCGGAGAGUUUAUCGAAAUAGAACAAGAUGUUGCGAACCUGUGGGGAAAAAACGCAAUCUUCCUAAAAAUGACUUGUGUUAACUAAAUUAUUUUGUUUUGUUGUUUUGUGUCCGUUUUUGUAUUUUCGGUAAUAACCAAAUCCGCACAUGAGGAUGGAGGUUGGAUCGCGAUGAUGAAGGGAAAUUAUUCACCCAAACGUACUACUAAUAGCGCUGAGUCUCACCUUGAAUGAACACAACUUUUGGACAAGUACAAUAUUGCUUGUUUUCGGGUUAGAUUUAUAGAGCAGUCGUAUUUUUCUUUAAUAUAUAAACCUAUAUUUACAUGCUUACCUCAUUUUGUUUUUGUGGUUAAAAAAAAAAAAAAGGAUUGCGACAUUUUAUUUUACAGUGUGAUUAGGUUGAUGGUUACUUUGACCAGCAGGUGAAUAAAAUUCAUUGAGGUAAAAAAAAAAAAAAGUUUUUCUCCAGACACAAAUAUGCCUUGACAUUUAAAAACUCAUGUGCUGUGGAAAAUUCUCACAGUGAAAGAAAUUAAAGAUAUCGUUUGUCCUUUCAUUUUCUAACAAAAUGCCCAGUCUUCUCUAUUUUCAAU